CUUGGAUUUGGUCCACCACAUGGCCGACGAUAGUUCGGUUCUAGUCCAUCUGACAGCACUGAUCUCGUGCGUCGCAUUGAAUAGAUUGUAGGGCUGCGCCAUUGUGCUUUAAAGACAGUCCUGUCGUGCUAGCUCAGUUGUGCCUCCAGUCUUCCCUUUGCGCCGCCAUUUUGCUCGCGCUUCUUGUCUUCGUCUUCACCUUUCGCUUGCACCAAUUUGUUACCAUGGCAGGCCCUAUCCGUCAACCGAUCGACUUGAAUAAGCUGCAGAGCUACAUUGAGAAGCAUGUUCCUGAAAUUAAGACACCGCUGGAUGUGAAGCAGUUCGGCUAUGGCCAGUCCAACCCAACCUAUCUCCUCCAAUCCUCCACAGGAUCCAAAUACGUCCUACGGAAGAAGCCUCCAGGGAAGCUACUCAGCAAAUCCGCUCACCGAGUCGACCGCGAGCACCGAAUCAUUUCUGCCCUCUCCUCCUCCGAUGUCCCCGUUCCACGCGCCUACAUCCUCUGCGAAGAUGACAGUGUCAUUGGCACACCCUUCUACAUCAUGUCUUACCUCGACGGCCGCAUCUUUCCGAAUCCAGCGAUCCCAGACGUGAGCCCUGAACACCGCACACUGAUGUGGAAGAGCGCCAUCGAGACUCUCGCAAAGUUCCAUCGUGUGCGCCCGGAUACAGUGGGCAUGGCGGAUUUCGGCAGACCGGACAAUUUCUACAAUCGGCAAUUGAAAACGUUCGCGACAAUCUCGGUCGCGCAGGCGGAGACGACCGACGUCGAAACCGGCGAGGCGGUGGGCAAGAUCCCGCAUUACGACGACAUGGUUGGGUUCUUCGGCACAGCAGCGACACAGCCUCGAGACCGCGGCACGUUUGUGCACGGAGAUUUCAAAAUCGACAAUCUAGUAUUCCACAAGACGGAGCCUUACGUUAUCGGCAUUCUAGACUGGGAGAUGGCGACGAUCGGACACCCUCUAUCCGACCUAGCAAAUCUCCUCUCACCAUACGCCCAAGCGACGAAUGAAUUCGCCGUAAACACAGGGCACGCCAACCGCGCAUUCGUCCCUGGCACGAUGGAGGGUCUGCCGACGCAGAAGCAAUGUCUGGAGUGGUAUCACGGUGUGGUGGACUGGAAGUUUUCAGACCGCGAGAUCGCGUGGGGAGAAGCAUUCUUUCUAUACCGCAGCGCGAUUAUCGUGCAGGGUAUCGCGGCGCGGGUAGCAAGAAGACAGGCGAGCAGUGAAAAGGCAAAGGAGCACGCAGUUCUGAUGGAGCCGAUGGGUUAUAUGGCGUGGGAGUUCUGUGAGAGAUCACUCCAUCACUGCGCCGACAAGCAUCUUCUAUCACCAGCACACAUUCAUCCCGAGAUGCCACGGAAUCCACAAUCGCUCAACAUGCUGCGCCAACUCUUCACCACCGACUCUCAACCCGUCAUGCUCCGGACACUCUUCCGACAACCCUCGCGCCAACCCACAGCCAGCCGCACUUUUCUCACAUCCAACCUCUCCCCCUCGAGUCGACGCCUCACCUUCCCGCGAUGGCGCGUCAACAACAGCAGCAAUAAACCCCUCGGCCGACGCCACGAAAGCACCAACAAACCGACCUCCUCCCUCAACCCACCCCCGGGCACAAAAGUGCACUACCAAGCCCCCUCUUCCACCAACGCGCCCAAGCAGAGUCUCUCAGAUCGGAUGAAAGCGAUGUCGAAGAAGUACGGCUGGACGGUGGUGGGAAUCUACCUGGGCCUCUCGGCGCUGGAUUUCCCCUUCUGCUUCCUGGCCGUGCGGUGGUUCGGACCGGAGAGGAUCGGGCAUUUGGAACAUGUGAUUGUCAGUCAUGUGUGGGCGGGACUGGAGAGUGUGGUCCCCGGGCUCAAGGAGAAGAGGGAGAGGAAUGAGCAGUUGGCGCUCGAGGAAGGCGGUGUUCUGGGCGAUGCGGUGCAGGCGGUCAAUAAUGUGAAGGAGGAGGUUAAGGGGAAGGAGGGUAGUGCGAGUAUCUGGACACAGCUUUUGAUCGCAUAUGGUGUGCACAAAUCGCUGUUCUUCCUGCGCAUUCCGAUCACAUUGGCCAUCACGCCCAAGGUGGUCAAGACGCUGCGAGGCUGGGGCUGGAAGAUCGGCAAUGUGACGCCCAAGGCCUAGAUUCCGCGAAACGCAAAGAGAGGCAAGCGAGCCAUGAUAGAAACAAAGAUUGGGAGAUCCAAGGACGGACAGAUCACUCGAUCGAAAAAAAACCUACACUCCGCUUCAUCAAAGACCCGUUGUACAAAUAUUUGUAUCAAAUUAUAUCCCUUACACCAGUGCUCAUCGUUUGGGUCUUCAGCGUAGAUCCUUGCUCUUUUAACAUAUCCCCGUCACGAUGUCGUCUAGUAAGUGUAGAAGCCCUUUCCAGACUUACGUCCCAACCAACCCGCAUC